AUGCGUUUGUACAUAUUGUGUUUCAUAACCCUGCAAUUUACAAAUAAUGUUUAUACCGCGCGUAUUUUGGGCCUGUUUCCACACCCGGGAAAAAGUCACCAGAUGGUCUUCGACCCCCUAUUGAGGAAACUUGCAGAACGCGGACAUGAGGUCAUUGUGGCAACGUUUUUUCCACUAGAAAAUCCACCGAAAAAUUACACAGAAAUAAACCUACAAAGCCUCGCUGAAUUAAGACUAGAGUCGUUUGGCGCUGAAACUUACGAAUACCCGAGCACCCUUAUGAGGAUACCCGUUCUAGGAAGUGUUCUUGAUCAAUACAACCAACACGACGGUUUGAGCACGCUGGCAGUGACAAUUUGCGAAAAACUAACGACAUUUUUACCCUUGAAUAAAGUUUUAAAGCAAGAGUAUGAUGUCGUAAUCGUAGAGCGAUUUGACAGUGCGUGUGUUCAUGGUUUAUUAAAUGUUUAUAAUAUAAAAGCACCUGUUAUUGGGAUAUCGUCUUGUACGCUUAUGCCGGGCGAUGCUGCAAUAAUGGGCGCUGAAAUCAAUCCGUCGUUUAUACCAGUGGUUACGUCUUCGUUUACUCAUAAAAUGUCAUUUUUCGAACGAUUGGAAAACUUCCUCGCCCUAAUGUUGAUUUCAGAAAGAUAUCGUUCUACACGGGUGAAGGAGAGGGCGGUAAUUGAAGGCCAUUUCGGCAAAAAAAUUAACGAUCUCGACGCGGAAGUUAGUAAAAUGUCAUUGUUGUUUGUUAACUCAUUCUUUGUUGGUAACGGUGUUUACCCCCUUGUUCCUGGUAUUGUCGAAGUAGGAGGCAUUCAUAUCGACCCAAAGAAUAAAAAUAUACCUAAUCAUGUCGAAAAAUUUGUUGCUGCUUCAGAACAUGGUGUUAUAUUGUUCAGUUUAGGAUCGCAAUUAAGUUCCACAUCAAUUUCUAAAGAGAAACAGGAUAUUUUUAUAAGAGCGUUUUCUAAACUUAAAGAACGAGUUAUAUGGAAGUAUGCAGACAGUGCAGAAGAGGGAACGUUGAUAGCACAUAACAUUUUGCGAGUGAAGUGGUUGCCACAAAAUGAAUUAUUAAAACACCCUAAAAUAAAAGCUUUUAUCGGCCACGGUGGUAUGCUAGGAUCACUGGAAGCACUAUCAGCUGGCAAGCCUAUGAUAAUAAUACCAGUAUUUGCCGACCAAAAGCUAAACGCAGCAGCUCUGAAAGAUAGAAGGACAGCCGAAAUUUUAUCUCUAGCAAAUUUAAAGGAGGAAGACUUAGACAAAGCCUUGAAAAAUAUUUUGAGUACGAGUAUGCGAGAGAGAGCUCGUCUUGUAUCUUCAAUGUGGCACGAUAGAGAGAGACCCCCAUUAGACACAGCUGUGUACUGGACCGAGAGGGUAAUAAGAUGGGGUAACCAGUCACCACUUUAUUCACAAGCGAAAUAUCUCCCAUUCUACCAGUACACGCUCCUAGAUGUCGCUGCCUUUGUAAUAAUGCUUGUUAUAACUCUCAUUGUUACAUCUUUCUAUAUUUUUAAAUAUUUAUUUAUCAUUGUAAAACGUAAAGCAAAGGAGAAAAUAUAUUAA